AUGGCAACUCAAAUGAUGUCCAAGUUUCAGAAAUAUUGGCAAGAGAUUCAUGGGCUUAUGUGUGUGGCGGUUGUUUUAGACCCGAGGUACAAGUUCAUGUUGCUCGAAUAUUAUUUCCCUGUAAUUUAUGGAGAUGAGCAAUAUGUAACUGAAAUUGCGAAGGUUCGUGAGCUUUGUUGCGAGCUACUAGAGGAGUACGGGUCUAAGUUUCCUCAUUUGAGAGAAAGAAGGGUUCAAGAAGAAAAUGUAUCAACAUCGUCUUCAACACGCCGAUUGGAUGCCCUUUCUAACUUUGACAGAUUUGUUAGAGCUUCCUAUCGAGUAGAGAAUAUGAAGUCUGAACUGGAUUUAUAUUUAGAGGAGAACUUGAUACCUAGGACUGAAGAGUCAUUUGAUAUAUGCAACUAUUGGAAGGUGACGGGCCUCAAAUACCCUUUGUUGAGUAUGAUUGCCAAUGAUGUAUUUGCUGUGCCUGUUAGCACUGUUGCUUCGAAAUCUACAUUCAGUACUGGUGGUAGGCACGUGAGUUCACAUCGAUCGAGACUUCAUCCUUCUACAUUAGAAGCAUUAGUAUGUACACAAAAUUGGUUGAAGACUGACAAAAAAGCAACAGUGAAUGAUGAAGAUAAUGAUGUUGAUCCAAUAAUGGUAAUUAGUUAAGUUUUUGUAAUUUAUCAAAUAAAUUAUUUAUUUUUAUUAUUAAUACUUUUUUCUGUUUUUAUUUUUUUGCAGGAGCCUUACGUAGUUGAUCUUGAUGAUUAGAAAGUACAUUGUUCUUUUUAGUAUAUGAGUGAGGACAUGGAUGAGAACAAAUUGUAGUGUUUAGUACUUAUGGUUGCUAGUUAUUAUAUUUGAGUUUAUGGUUGGUAGUUAUUAUUGAUGUAUUAAACAUUGUUAGGAACAAAAGUACAAUCUCAAACUUUCCUCUAUUAUGCAUAAUUGAAUCACUCAUUUAUUCAUUAUAACAAAAAUUCAAUUAUUCAUUGAAAACCUUACUUUCCAACCUUA